CAAAUCAAACAGACGCUACAAAAAGGACUGACACAGAGAGGUUCAGUGGAUCUAACUGAAGAUGUUCAACCUUUGUUUAACAAAGCCCAGAGCCCAGAGCAUAAUGGCUACAGAUAUUAAAAUGCUUUUCUGCAUUGGAUUUGCUGUUGUACUAACAGGUGUGGGAAAGUCUGCCUUCCUUGGGAAGAGCCACAGUGGAGGGAAGGAAGAUCCUGUGCUGCAGUAUGUUGUUAACAACUCACUGAGGGAGAACCCAGUCCUCACCAAACUCAAACUGAGAACCCUUGAAGACCCAUGGAGUAUCAUGAUGGUUGCCAGUGAACAAGCCCAGUUUAUGGCAAAUCUCAUUAAACUGAUAAAUGCAACUAAAGCUAUUGAAAUUGGGAUGUACACAGGGUACAAUGCACUGAGCAUGGCUUUGGCCAUGCCAGAGAAUGGAAGUGUGAUAGCUUGUGAAAUUGAAGAAACCUAUGUGGACAUUGCCAAACCGUUUUUUAAAGAGGCUGGAGUUGAAAAUAAGAUAGAUGUACGGCAUCAAAUAGCCAUGAAGACACUGGAUGAGCUGAUAGCAGCCGGGGAAGCUGGAACAUAUGACUUUGUGUUCAUCGAUGCUGAUAAACUCAACUAUGACAGAUACUAUGAGAAGUCCCUUGAGCUCAUACGAAAAGGGGGUAUCAUUGCGAUUGACAAUGUGCUAUGGAGUGGAAAGGUCGUGAAUCCCGCUCCCGAUGACCUCACCUCCCAGUGUCUGGAUGCUCUCAAUAAGAAGCUACACAAGGACCAGAGGAUUGAUCUGAGCAUGCUCACUGUGGGCGACGGGCUGACCAUUGCUAUUAAACGCUAAAAUCACUGGUUAAAAAGCUA